AUGAUUUUCCGGGGCAUAUUUUUCGUAUGCCUUCUGGCACGCGUAACAGACGGCGCCAACCGGCAUCAGUUUGACUCUUGUGCCAAGUCCAGUUAUUGUCUACCUACUGCCCAAUCCAUAGGUAGUUGGCGGUGGUUGAAAGAAAGCAGUGAAUUGGUGGAUAAGACUACAUUAAAGGUGAAUUUUCGACGAUCCUGCCUAGACUCGGCGGAUGAAUGUACUUCACUUGCAUGUGACUGCUCAGCAAAAGAACAUGACCAAGACCCCCCUGAGAAAGUUGGGAACACUCCUGUUGGAGUGCCCCUCGGCGAUGACUCGACCCCAGACGAAGAGGAGGAGGCGGCGACGCUCGUAGCCCCAGUAGCAAGCAGCGUUGCCGGUGGAGCAGCGCCGAGACAGUUGCAGAGUGUCUCCUUGGCAUCUGGGUCUGAGCCUCUCGUCUCUGAUGAUGGCGAGGUCGCCGAACACGGUGUACCAUAUAGUGUUCAGGAGGCAGACACGGAGCCCUCAGCGCAGACAGAACAAUCCCCUCAGACGGAUUCUUUCUAUCAGACAAGUGGCUUGGAGUUCGAGGUUGAUGACUUCGUAAAUGGUAGCAAUAUCGAGAGUACCUAUGUCAACCCUCGGGUAACCGUGACCAUUCGAAUGGUUCAACCACAGAAUAGCGACCCCAGUAGAAAUACCGGAGGUUCAAGUGGUGACUCUCAAAUUGACUCGAUUGGUCGGGGUUCGUUGACAAGUGGUUGCUCAUUGCGAUAUUCGAUGGAGUUAAUAGAGGGUCAGCAAGCCACUUACGAGCCCGGUCCUGAGGUGAUUCGAGAUGAGCCCUGUCGCAACGGCAGAAUAGAGUUGCAGUCGAACGGCCUGUACGCCUUUAAGCAGCCAGCUGUGGACGCAUCAGACAGCGGACCAGACACCGCAGAUGAUGUUCUGGCGAUUUUCAUGACCACUCAUCCAAGCAAUGCCCCGGGCAGCACGUUAGACGACGUGUCGCCAUCUGACGGGCCGCAGUUGGUCUUGUACCAUCGGAACAGACCGGUAGCCCAUUGCCACGGGUUGGUGAUGGAUAAAAAUCGCUAUGGGUUCGUAGUGGACUAUGUGGACGUCCUAUCCCAGCACGGCUUGUCUCAGCACACACUGGACUUCAAUCUUUCGGUCACUUCAGGAUCUGACCCCUGGGUUAGAUUUUACAAUGCAGAUCUUUUCGAAUACGAAUUGGACUCCUCAAUGGCUAUGUACGGUGCCAUUCCACACUUGGUCACAGUUCAGCCUACUGCCAACGCGGUGACCAGCUUGGUUAUGCUGCAACCCAGUGAGCUUUACGUAAAUUUGAUCCAACAUGAUAUUCAUCCCGGUCAGCAAAACUAUGGCGCUGAUCAAACUGAAAAUCAAACUGCUACUUCAAGUCAAACUACUUCGAGUCAAACUACUUCGAGUCAAACUACUUCGAGUCAAGCUAUUGGAAAGCUUUCAAGUAGGACUGCUGCAUUUGUCGGUGAGUAUGGUCGUUUUGAUUGUUUAUGGUCCUCUGUGGACUCUGUGACUCCUAAUAUACAAAGUCGUGCAGAGGCGAUGGUCACUAGGCUGAAGACCGGGUUGACAGGCGUUGCGCGUGUCCUAAAUGAGUUCACAGGCUUCGCCCCAUUGCUGCCAACGGCUUCUUUUGGUCUGCAUCAGAGCCGCUGGAACUACGUAAGUCAGGAUGAUCUCUUGGAUGUGUCCCAGACGUAUAUCAAUUACCGGCUACCACUGGACUACUUGUGGCUCGAUAUUGACCACAGCGAGGAUCGGCAGUACUUUACGUGGAAUGAACAGUUCCCAGACCCGGAAUAUAUGCGGCUGACUCUGCAGCAGCGGAAACAAAACUUGGUCGUAAUUGUGGACCCUCAUAUCAAGUUAAACCCCCGGUACUCGCUGUACCAGAAGGUGAAGAAUGCAAAAGUACUGAUCAAGGAAUCUUUUGGGCAUGAAGCCAAGUCAUCUCCUGACUUUAAUGGAUGGUGCUGGCCGGGGAAUUCAGUCUACCCCGAUCAUAUUUUCAAAGAAGAUCAACUGAUCGAUAUCUAUGCUAACUACUACAGCCGCUGGCCGGAGUUAUACAGAGCCAACCCCCUGAAGGAAAGCAACCUACCUCCUUUACAUGGUCUACCCACUAACCAACGUGCGGGACAAUGCCCAGAAGGUUGGGUUUCAAACAACGCGGAGUAUUGCCAAUUUAUGCGUCAGCUAAUUAACGUCGGCGUAUGGAAUGACAUGAAUGAGCCUAGCGUCUUCAAUAAAGACCAAGUGACGGUGCCGAAGCAUGUUUUACAUCAGGAUGGCAAGAUACCUCAUGGCAUGGUGCAUAAUCUGUACGGUCUCGCGUACCACCGGGUGACCUACGAAGCUCUGGCCAAGGCGCGCCCUCUGGAACGUCCCUUCGUCUUGACAAGGUCGGCGUUCGUAGGGAGCCAAAAGUACGGACCUAUGUGGACGGGUGAUAACACUGCGGGUUACGGCUAUCUAAAGAACUCCAUCUCCAUGAUCCUCUCCAUGUCGCUCUCAGGAUACAGCUACUUGGGGGCGGAUAUCGGCGGCUUCUUCGGUGAACCCUCCGAUGAUUUGUUCCGAAAAUGGGUUGAAUUGGGCAUCUGGUACCCCUUUAUGCGAAUUCAUAGCACACUCGGUACUACUCGACGCGAACUGUAUGAAAGGCCCCACAUACUCGAACAUACCCGCAAGGCUCUUACUCUUCGGUAUCGGCUCAUUCCCUUCUGGGCCACCACUGCCUACCUUCACCACCGUCUCGGAAUUCCCAUCUGGACCUCGAUCCUGGACUACCAACUUGCGCAUUCAGACCAGCUUACACAGUCCGAUAGGUUCGACGAGCUAUCGAAUUUUAUUGACUACGACCUUUCCGACGACGCUUUCCUUGUUGGUGAGACCUUCUUCGUGUACCCAGAUACCGCUCCGGAAAUGGCUCCAAAUGAUUCCAAAAAUCGACGCUCUUCAAGACCUCUUCCGGACACGAGUGUGUGGUACAGUUUACCGAGCAUGACCCCCGUCACAGGACAAGUUGAGCACGGCAACUACAUCAAGAGUUCGACAGUUCUCUUCACGAAGGAAAGGCUCCGACUUUCCACUGAGGCCCAGCGGUUUGAUCCCUACACUCUCUCGAUCACAUUAGAUCGCAGCACAGAGCAUGAAUUCUGUGGGUACCAGAUUUUCGAUGACAUGAAGACUGUUCGAGUAGGCACUCUCCUAACCGUCUGUGUUAGGCCUGAGCCCGAUUCUGCGGAAGAUGCAUGCCCCAAGAGAUUUGCAGUCACAUUCGAUCAGCUGGUGCCUGCAAGUGCCCUUUACAACACAUCGCUCGAACGCGUCCGGUUGAUCUUCCCGAAGCAGGAGACGGUUGUGGUCGUUGACUCCUCCUCCUCCUCCAAGAACGUCACGAUGACCGGGCAAGUGGUCGAGUGGGACGUUAGCCGAGAUCUGUCCGUUGUCCAGGAACUUAAAUUUUCUGUUGUUUGCUGA